CUCUGGGCUCGGACCGGCAACAUGGCCAAACGUACCAAGAAGGUUGGGAUCGUCGGUAAAUACGGGACCCGCUAUGGGGCCUCCCUCCGGAAAAUGGUGAAGAAAAUUGAAAUCAGCCAGCAUGCCAAGUACACUUGCUCUUUCUGUGGCAAAACCAAGAUGAAGAGACGAGCUGUGGGCAUCUGGCACUGUGGUUCCUGCAUGAAGACAGUGGCUGGCGGUGCCUGGACGUACAAUACCACUUCCGCUGUCACAGUAAAGUCCGCCAUCAGAAGACUGAAGGAAUUGAAAGACCAGUAGACGCUCCUCUACUCUUUGAGACAUCACUGGCCUAUAAUAAAUGGGUUAAUUUAUGUAAUAAAA